CUGAAUCAAAGGGUGUCUGGUCUCGUAGAAGUGCACGGAACAGUCACAUCCAAGAACUCACUGCGCUGUGAUCAUCUUGUUACUUUCUCAGAAGAAGAAUCUCAACAGUUUGAUGUGGCCUUAUAUCAGAAGGCUAUAGAAUACACACACAGAUGCUCCAGUCUUUACAUACAAGGAGGGAUUAUGGAGGAUUGA